AUGUUGGCAUUCCGGAGACUUAUUUUUAACCGAAGAUCUUUCAGAUCAUGUACUGUACCAAUCAUAAUUGGAAGUUUGCUCAUCAUUAUCGUUCUUUUUCAACCAUUUACACACCGAGAUAAUACACUCAUAAAGUCUCUACGGUCAAGCGAUGCGAACAAUACAAAUAAAGGAGAAUUGAGAGAAGAAGAUCGCAAAGUGCUCAUAGAGGCCUUCGGUUCUCCUGAAGUAGAUCCAGUGUAUAGUGUUCCAGUCUCUCCACUGGAGUUAGUUCCAUUUUAUGACCACUUUAUAGACAUGAAAAGAAAAUCUAGCUGGUUAAUUAAUAAAAAGAGUUAUUACAAGCAUUUCAGCGAGUUAAGCUUGACGGAUAGGUGCAAAUUUUAUUUCCGCACGCUGUACGCAUUGGACGAUGAAUGGACCAAUAGUGUUCAUAAAUUAUUGUACAACAUUAAUGAUGCAAAAGAAAAUAAACCAGUUAAGGGUCCGGAUGGAAACACAUUGGAUGAAAAUUCCGAGAAGCUCUACCACCGAAAGUAUGACAUGUUUCUAGCAUUCGAGAGGAUAAGGGCUUAUGAUAAAUGUUUCAUGCAAAAUAAUCCAGUUGAUAUUCGGGAAAUUUUUCCAGGAAGCAACAAAGUGCCAAAAGAAAAGGUUCAAUCAAAUUUAAUCAAAACGUUAAAUGCCACAUUUCCUGACUAUGAUACGAAGAACUUCAAGAAAUACGACCAAUUUGAAUUCGAAAAAAGAAUGUAUCCAUUUAUAAAUAACUUUACCACAGAUACUUUCCGUGAAAUAAUCCCAAAGAUUACGUCUCCCUUUGGAGAAGUACUAGAACAAGGUGUAUUACCCAAGUUGAACCAUAAAACGGGUGAACUGGCCGUGUUCGAAUGUGAAUAUAACCCAACAAAAACCUUCUGGUCAAAUUGGAGAGAUAUGAGCGCUAAAGUAGCCGAUCGUGGUAUUAUACUGAGUUUAGGUCCUAACCAGUUUGCAUUAGCCGUUAAGCUUAUCGCUGCUCUAAGGUUUCAGGGGAAUAAGUUGCCAAUUCAGAUUGUAUACAGAGGAAAUGAGCUGUCACAGGAGCUAGUAGACAAACUCAUAUACGCCGCCAGAAGUCCCGAUUUCAAACCAGUGAAAAAUAACUAUGAUAAUUCCACUAAUGUUCCACAGAAUAUUUGGUUCCUAGAUGUCUCUAAUACUAUACACCCCAAAUGGCGGGAUGACUUCGGUAGUUAUAAAAGUAAAUGGCUGGUAGUUCUUUUCAAUCUUUUCCAAGAAUUUGUCUUUCUGGACAUCGAUGCCAUUAGUUACCAAGAAAUCGAUAAGUACUUCGACACGCCGGAAUACCAGAAAACAGGGACUGUUUUUUAUAGAGAAAGAGCUCUCACAGAAACGCUAGAUGGGAGGUGUGUUGCUAGAUAUGAAACCCUUUUACCUAGAAAGCUUGAAUCGAAAAAUUUCCAGAACUUACUCACUAUUGAUCCUGAUACUGUUCUCAAUAAAUGUGAUGAGUUAUUAACAACAGAGGAGUACAUUUUCAAAUCUAUGUUUCGCCAUAAAGGACAACAUCAGUUAGAAGCUGGCUUAUUUGCUAUAGAUAAGUCAAAACACGUAUUACCUUUAGUGCUCGCCAGUAUGAUUCAUUUGGCUCGUGACACGGGUGGCUGCACUCAUGGUGAUAAAGAAAAUUUUUGGUUAGGGUUCUUGGCUUCAGGCCAUCCGUAUGCACUACAAGAAGUAUAUUCCGGGGCCAUUGGUGACUAUGUAAAGAAAACCGAGUUGGACGGAAAGAGGCAAGAAGCGGCAAUCGAAAUAUGUUCCGGGCAAAUAGCUCAUAUGUCUGUUGACAAGAAAACCUUACUUUGGGUAAAUGGUGGGGGAACUUUCUGUAAGCACGAGAGUGCAGCUGAAAAGGACUGGGAAAAAGAAGGCGAUAUAAGUAAGUUCAAAGAACAAUUCAAGACUAUAGAAGACAUGAAACAGUAUUAUUAUUUAACUCCAAUUAGCAGCAAAUACGUGAUUCUACCUGAUCCAAAAUCAAAAGAUUGGCAUAGGGCUUCUCCGGGAGCUUGUCAGGGUUAUAUAUGGUGUGCCACUCACAAGACUCUUCUGAAACCAUUUAGUUAUAGCGACAGAACUACCCACGGUCAAUUAAUUUCCCUAGAUGAUGAUCAGCGUCUACUCAUUGAUUCUGUCAACACUGUCUGGUUGCACGCUAAUAAAGACCAAACGAGAGCGUUCACUAAAGAUGAGAUAAAGGACUUAGAAAAUUCGAAACACAAGUAA